UUUACUACUUCGAUCAAAUUCUCAUCCGCAAAACAAGCUAGACAUCGCAUCUUUUGGAAACAAUCGUUCGCUGUUGUUGUUGUUGUGAAAAUUAAUAAUUGUGAAAUUAUUGAGAAAUAAAUAAACAACAUUAAUAAGAUAAUGAAUGUAUCAAACAAAUUAGUUGCAAGUGCUGUGCAUCAAUAAGUUUGCAUUGCUUGUCUCACUGAUGUGUUCUUGUUGUGUAUUUGUGCGUGUAUAGACAAAACAGGAAAAUUUUUCGUUUUUUCGAUAAUCUAAGAAAAACUGCUAAGAAAUAUGGAAAACUUGGAAGAGGAAGCUCAGGAAACACUAGGUGUAGCUAGCACAACAAACAAUCAAACUACAACUAAUGCUAUUGAUUUCGAUUUAACUCCUGGUGUUGGAUCAAUCUUGAGUGGGACAACCACCAACAGCAUGCCUGGAGGAGCCCUUGAACAGGAUUUUGAUGAUUCUUUAAUUUUGAUACAACCUCGCAUAGAUGUAGUGGAUUUAACGACAUCUCCUUCGACUUCGACCAGUGCGGGCACUGGUGCCACCUUGUUAAAGCCAAAAAUCGAAGAUCCUUCAGGUACCAAGGAUAAUAUUACAACCUCAAACACCACAACAAUAACAACAACAGAAAAUCCUUCGACCUCGACUGGCGCCUCAACUGAUGGUGUUGCUGCAACCACAACCACUAAUAGUAUCACAAGUAAUCUAUUGGAAUGUCCCAUUUGUUUGCAGACCUGCAUACAUCCGGCACGCUUACCUUGUGGUCAUAUUUUCUGUUUUCUCUGUGUCAAAGGUGUUGCUUAUAAGAACAGACGUUGCGCCAUGUGCCGUCGUGAAAUUCCUCCAGAAUUUCUUGACCAUCCCCAACUGGUGAAUGGUAUCGAGGACAUAUGCACCACCAAAGCUACAGAUGAUGGUUAUCAAUGGUUCUAUGAGGGAAGAAAUGGUUGGUGGCAAUACGAUGAUCGUACCAGCCAAGAUCUGGAGGAGGCCUUUAAAAAAGGUGAACGUUCCUGUACGAUUUUGGUUGCUGGCUAUGUCUACAUUGUGGAUUUCGAUGCCAUGAUACAGCAGCGUCAAAAUGAACCGGCCCGUUGCCGUCGAGUGAAACGUGAUUUGGCAACUAUACCCAAAAAAGGCGUAGCUGGCCUACGCAUAGAGGGUAAUACGGUGACAACAGAUUCCAAUUUUGCCCAGCAGGUUUAUCGUCAAAAUCGCUAUCACAAUGAUGAUUUGGAUAUACAUGAGAAUGCUCUCUUGGGCGCACAUGCCAUGGAUCCCAGUAAUACUCAGGGUCCAUUGCGUCUAUCCUAUGACUUGGGUCGAUAUGUCAUCAAUCCCAGUGAAUUUGUCUCAACCGCUGCUGCCACAGAUGCUGCUCUGCGCAUAGCCAGUGAUAUUAUAGGUUCGACUUUGGCCCAUGCCGAUGAGUUGACACGUUCCACCACUAGCAACAAUACCGCAACCACCUCUUCUUCAGCUGCUUCCAGUUAUCAACCCUCAACAAGGGAUCUGAGCUUAAAUCCUGCAACGGGUGAGCUUAAUUUAAGUGAUUUAGUCUUAGCCAAUAAUAGUCAGCAACAACAACGACUAAAUCCAAUGUUGGCUAAUGUUGGGGGUCAUCAAAUGCCGACGACUUCAACUACAUUGCCACGAGAACGUGGUAGUCGUGAGCUGUUGGGUGCUGCCGAAGAUCUACUGGGUGCCACUCAAAGGGUUAUUGCGAGUGCAGAUCAACCCACAAUAGACUUAUUUGAGCAGACACUCAAUGAUUUCCAUGCUUUAACCUUACGCAAUAUAGUGGAUUCCAGCGAUGAAGAUGGUGAUGGUCUGCACCAUCAUCCUCAUCCACAUUUGCAGCAAAACCCGCCAUCGCCACAUACUACUCCUCCUUCCUCUACUUCGAAUGGACCACCCAAUAAUGGCCAAAGAUCAUCAUCAGCAUUACAACAGCAUAAUCAUCAUCAUCAUCAUCAUCAUCACGAUAAUCUAAAUCUGCCAUAGAACUAACUGUGUGUUUUCAUGCAUACAAUGCGACAUGUAUACACCAAUUUUUGUGUGGCUAAUACCAAGAACUUAUGACACCACAAUUUAACCUAGAAACUUAAAGUAUUCCUUACAACAACAACUAUUCAUACCAGAAAUUAUUCAUAUUUAAAAAAGAAAUCGUUAAAACAAAAAUCAACCGUAAUAAGUAAAACAAUAUAGACAAGCAAACAAAGACUAGACGUUCCUUAACUACUCAACAAAAAUAAUUAAAAAAGAAAAAAAUAAAACAAAUUAUUAACUCUAUA